CUCAGGACGAUGAAAGUCCUUACUUAUAUUUUAGUUUAUCGCCGGUUUCUCCUUAUAGUUUUUACUCUCUUGGUUUUACUGCCAUUGCCAAUCGUCGUUCGCACCAAGGAAGCAGAAUGUGCCUACACACUCUUUGUCAUUGCCAUAUUUUGGCUUACAGAAGCUUUGCCUCUGUCAAUAACAGCUUUACUCCCUGGUUUAAUGUUUCCACUUUUUGGGAUCAUGACUUCUAAGAAGGUGGCAUCUGCUUAUUUCAAAGAUUUUCAUCUACUGUUAAUUGGAGUCAUCUGUUUAGCAACAUCAAUAGAAAAAUGGAAUUUGCACAAAAGGAUUGCCCUGAGAAUGGUGAUGACGGUGGGUGUGAACCCAGCAUGGCUGACAUUGGGGUUCAUGAGCAGUACCGCCUUUUUAUCCAUGUGGCUUAGCAACACCUCCACGGCUGCCAUGGUGAUGCCCAUCGUUGAGGCUGUGGCACAGCAGAUCAUCAGCGCCGAAGCCGAGGUCGAGGCCACUCAGAUGACUCGUAUCAGUGGAUCAGUCAACCGUGGACUGGAAAUUGAUGAAGUUGUUGAGACAAAUGAGAAGAAAGAGAAACCAAUACCAGUUCCAGGAUACAGUAAUGAUGCAGGAAAAAUUUCAAGCAAGACAGAGCUGGAAAAGAACUCAGGUGGGGAAACCAAGUAUCGAACAGAGAGAGACCACAUGAUGUGUAAACUUAUGUGCUUGUGUAUUGCUUACUCUUCUACCAUUGGAGGAUUGACAACCAUCACCGGCACUUCUACCAACUUGAUCUUCGCUGAGCAUUUCAAUAUGCGCUACCCUGACUGUCAUUGCAUUAACUUUGGAUCAUGGUUCAUGCUUUCCUUCCCGGCUGCUAUUAUUAUUCUGUUAUUGUCCUGGAUCUGGCUUCAGUGGCUUUUCCUAGGAUUCAAUUUUAAGGAGAUGUUCAAAUGUGGCAAGACCAAAACUGCCAAACAAAAAGCUUGUGCUGAGGUGAUUAAACAAGAAUACCAAAAACUUGGGCCACUGAGGUAUCAGGAAAUUGUGACCUUGGUGCUCUUCAUUGUAAUGGCUCUGCUGUGGUUUAGCCGAGAUCCUGGGUUUAUUUCUGGUUGGUCUGCACUUUUUCCCAAGUAUCCUGGUUUUGCUACAGAUUCAACUGUUGCCUUACUUAUAGGAAUCCUAUUCUUUCUUAUCCCAGCUAAGAGAUUGACUAAAACUACACCUACAGGAGAAAUUGUUGCUUUUGAUUAUUCACCACUGAUUACUUGGAAAGAAUUCCAGUCAUUCAUGCCCUGGGAUAUAGCCAUUCUUGUUGGUGGAGGGUUUGCCUUGGCAGAUGGCUGUGAGGAGUCAGGACUAUCUAAGUGGAUAGGAAAUAAAUUAUCUCCUCUAGGCUCCUUACCAGUAUGGCUAAUAAUUCUGAUAUCUUCUUUGCUUGUCACAUCUUUAACAGAGGUAGCCAGCAAUCCAGCUACCAUUACCCUUCUUCUCCCUAUAUUAUCUCCAUUGGCUGAAACCAUUCAAGUGAACCCUCUUUAUAUUUUGUUACCUUCUACUCUGUGUACUUCAUUUGCAUUCCUCCUUCCAGUAGCAAAUCCGCCCAAUGCUAUUGUUUUUUCCUAUGGCCAUCUAAAAGUUAUUGAUAUGGUUAAAGCUGGACUUGGUGUUAACAUUGUGGGUGUUGCUGUGGUAAUGCUGGGCAUGUCUACCUGGAUUGGGGCUAUGUUUGACCUCUCUACUUACCCUUCCUGGGCUCCACCAAUCAGUAAUGAGACUAUGCCAUGACAAGCAUGAAUCCUAUGACUGACUAUUGUACGACUGGGCUUCUAGGUUUUUUGAUCUGCUUGGGUGCCUGCCCUGCUCUCCUCAGAAAGCUUCAUUAUGCACCCAGAAGCCAGAACACAUCACAUAAAUAAAAUCAACUGCAUUUUUGAACCAGGCUCUAAGCUUAUUCAUGGAAACCGAGAUGAAUUGCUUCCGAGUGGACAUCAAAACUCAUCCUUGCAAUUGGAACACCUGUCCCAACAAAUAAAAGAACUGGUGCUUCAAGAAUAA